GCCGGUGUAGCACAACGACAAUGAGCAAAGGAUUUAGAUUGCAGAUACAAACACCUAAAAUCAGAAGCAUCAUCAAAGGUCGAUGACAGGAACUCAAAUGUAAACAACGAUUGACUUUACAAAUAUGACAUCAGAAAACAUAAAACUGAAUGGGACAAACUAUGGGAAUCCAUACACGAAUGAAACAGAGACACCACUUCCUGAAUCAGAGGAUUUUAACUCAACGGCCACUGAGCUGAAUCAUCAGUGUCAAGGAAUAGCGGGAACUAUUGCUGAUGAUAACACACCAACAUCAACAUUAUCUGGGGCAUUGUUUACCUUUUGGAGACUGUUCAAACAGAAUGCACAUGCAACCCUUAGCUACUGUAUGGUUUUCUGGAGUUUCGGAAUGUGUGUGGCGUUCCUUGGGCCUACACUAUUGGACUUGGGGUGCCAAACUUCUACGGAUGAUAAAACCAUGAGCUGGGUCUUCUUCUUCCAAGCUGUAAUGACUCUUGUUGGCUCUAUACUGGGAGGAUUCAUGGUUAAAUUUUUUCCUCCGAAUGGUAUCAUCCUUACUGCUAUAAGUGUCCUGCCCAUGACGUUAUUCAUCGUGCCAUUCUGCAAUGUUAUGGCUGCUCUGGGGGUGGUACUAGCUGUUAUGGGGAUCAACAUGGGAAUGAUAGACUCUCUAGCUAACCUGCAAAUGCUCAAGAUUUAUGGGCCGGAUGUGGCGCCCUUUAUACAGGCGUUACACUUUUUCUACGGAUUGGGAGCAUUUGUGAGUCCAAUGAUCGCCCAGCCAUUUCUUCUCAACGAGGACUGUUCCCCAUAUGUUUUGGCACUUGGGAAUAAUUCCAAUAGUAACAUAUCUACGAGUGAGAACCACUCAGUUCAAAUCCUUGAUGGAGACUUAGAGUCGGCCCAGGAUGAGACGCAUGUUAGAUACGCGUUUUGGAUCAUGGCAGCCGUACAGCUACCUAUUCCUGUUCUAGUGUUUAGUUUGUAUCUCAGAGACAGAGGAGAUGGGAAACCUCCUGAAGAUAGCAGAGAUGUUGCAGCAAAAACAAACAAAACUAGUAACCAUAGUAACCAACCCAAACAUAAAAAUGAAUAUCAAGAUAUAGACGAUUCCAAACAAAAAGAGCCUUUGUUGGGACUAUGCAAUGAUAUAAAAGAUGCUGUCUUGUCUACAUCCUGUACACCCAGUAACAUAUUAGAAACGGGAACAACAACGACAACCAAGGUGCUUUUUGUUGCACUGUUUGCCGGGAUUCUCAUGUUCCUAUACGAUGGAGUUCAGGGUAGCUUUGGUGGCUAUGUUUACUCUUACGCAGUAAAAAGCGUUGAAGACAUGGACAAAACUGAGGGAGCAUACCUUAAUGCAUGUUUCUGGGGUUCGUUUGCAUUGGGCCGUCUGUUGUCUAUUCCCCUUGCUGCCAUCUUUACCCCUGCCUUCAUGUUAGCUUGUAAUAUAUUUGGCUGCACAGGCUUCAUGGUGCUUAUGCUUGCACUGAGGCACAACCACAUAGCUCUGUACAUAGGCAGCUUCUUCUUUGGUAUAUUUCUCAGCAGCAUAGUGCCCACUACUCUAGCUCUUGCUGAGUUGCUCAUUGAUAUGACAUACACACCUAUAGGAAUUAAGAGAAUGCUGAGAAAUAUGGGACUUGACGGAGAAUGUGGGGCAACAAUCACAACAUUUGUUGUUGUCAUGGCAGCCACUGGUGAAGUUGUCUUUCCAGUAGUAACAGGCAAUUUGUUUGCAGCCUUUGGCCCGCUCAGUUUCCUUAUAUUCUGCUUGAGUAUAUGUGUGGCUAGUAUAGGAGUGUAUGUGUGUCUCAUGUUAAUGGGUAGAACUGCGCCAAAAUUUCAAGCAACUUUCAGUGGAUCAUUUAUCUGGUCAAGACCCUGGAGUUGCCAGAACAAAUCUGGGAGCAUCAUUCCAAAGAGAAUCAAGUUCUACUCAAGAAUGGAGGAAGAUUCCAGUGAAUAUGAAAUGGAAUCACCAGUACAUGACAAUGCUAAGAAAACACCAGCUCCUGAUACCAAUUUGAGAUAA